AUGUUUAAUAAUGCUGGUAUUAUGCAUCCUCAAGAUGAUAACGCUUUGAAUACAGAAGAACGUAUUUGGGACUUGACCAUGAACAUUAAUGUGAAGGGUGUUUGGUAUGGCUCUAAAUACGCUAUUCUCGCGAUGCGUAAAAGUGGUGGCGGCUCUGUGAUCAAUACAGCAAGUUUUGUGGCUCUGAUGGGUGCUGCUACACCUCAAUUAGCAUACACUGCUUCUAAGGGUGCUGUCUUGGCCAUGACUCGAGAACUUGCUAUGGUUCAUGCCCGUGAAAAUAUUCGUUUCAAUUCUCUUUGUCCUGGUCCUAUUCGUACUCCUUUAUUAAUGGACUUUUUAAAUACUGAAGAAAAGAAGCAACGCCGCCUCGUUCAUGUACCUCAAGGAAGAUUCGGUGAGGCUAUUGAACAAGCUUAUGGUGCACUCUUUUUAGCUUCGGAUGAAAGUUCAUUUGUUACAGGUACUGAUUUCAGAGUGGAUGGUGGUUUAGCUUCUGCUUAUGUGACACCUGAAGGUGAACCUCAAGGUGCUAUCUUGAGAUUAAAUCAAGCGUUUGUCGAUUACUUGAAUGAGGAAGGCAUUUAUUUACCUGAAGAUGGACAACCUGUAGCAGCUAGUAUUGAAGAUUAUGAUAGUGAUCCUGAAUUCUCUAACGAUGCUGAAGACAAGACACCUCAUUUUCCUCAAGUUGAAAGAGAGAUCAAAGAAGCCAUUUAUGAGUUUGAUGGUGCUGUAUUUCCUAAACUCAAUUGGACAUCACCUCGAGACGCAGCUUGGAUCUCAGCGACACAGACAUUGAAAUGUACUUCACCAUUUGAUGUGUUUCUAUUACUUAAAUCGUCUGAUUUCAUUAAUCAUGACUUGAAUCAUGCCUAUGAGGAUUGUACUGAUGAGCAAGACAAACAAACAGAAUUUGAUCUUGUAUUAAGAAAAUGGUAUGAUCUACAACCCUCCAUGGAAUUCAGAUGCUUUGUUAAAGAUCAGGAAAUCAUUGGUAUCUCUCAACGCGAUAUGAAUUUCUACCCUUUCUUGUUGGAUAUACAACAAGAUAUUGAACAACAAGUGUAUCAAUUCUUUGAAGGAGUGAUUCAUGAUGCAUUUGAUAGUAUUCAUUAUGUAUUUGAUGUCUAUAUUCAACGUUCAAACAACAAAGUCUAUCUGGUAGAUUUUAAUCCAUUUAGUCCUUCAACAGAUGCUUUGCUUUAUGAUUGGAAUGAACUCAUGUCAUUUGAUUUAGAUACAACACAGCCUGAAAUUAGAUUGAUAGAAAACCAAGCUCAAGCAGAUGUUCUUUCUUGCCAUGCACCUAAAUUUGCAACAAACAUGGUACCCAAGGAUGUCAUUGACUUGUCCUCUGGUAAAUCCAUUGCAGAAUUUGCAGAAGAAUUUGAAAAGGCCAUGAAAAAGACAGAGCAAGAUGGCAAUGAUGAUGAUAGUGAAUAA